AUGCUGAGAUAGCGCGCGCGUUCAGUCUGCGCGCGCCUGUAUAUAUAAAGGCUGCACCGGUCAGGGGGGUCAUCAUCAUCCAGACCGACUGACUGACUGUGGUGAAGACUCUCAAACAAGGAAUACAAGAAAAAAUGGCUCACGCUUGGGGAUACUCAGAACACGAUGGUCCUUCUCAUUGGUGUGAGAACUUCCCUGUUGCGAAUGGACCCAGACAGUCUCCCAUUGAUAUCAUCCCGAGUCAAGCCCAGUUUGACUCCAAGCUCAAGCAGCUUAAGCUGAAGUAUGACCCCAGCACCUCCAAGGGCAUUCUCAACAAUGGCCACUCCUUCCAAGUGGACUUCGCUGACGAUGACGACAGAUCAGUUCUAACUGGAGGUCCCGUGACUGGAACAUACAGACUCAAGCAGUUCCACUUUCACUGGGGAGGUGCUGACGACAGAGGAUCGGAACACACUGUUGGGGGCACUAAGUUUCCCUGUGAGCUCCAUCUGGUGCACUGGAACACCAAGUACCCAAACUUUGGCGAGGCCGUCAGCAAGCCCGAUGGUCUGGCUGUCGUUGGAGUUUUCCUGAAGAUUGGGGGCGCCAAUCCCAGCCUGCAGAAAGUACUGGAUGCCUGUGAUGCCAUCAAAUCAAAGGGAAAGCAAACCACAUUCUCUAACUUCGAUCCUAAGACCCUGCUGCCUGCCACUCUGCAGUACUGGACUUAUGAGGGCUCUCUGACCACACCCCCUCUGCACGAAAGCGUUACCUGGAUUGUCCUGAGAGAUCCGAUCAGCGUCAGCCCUGCUCAGAUGGCAAAAUUCCGUAGUCUGCUGUUCAGCGCAGAUGGAGAGACCCCUCGCUGCAUGGUGGAUAAUUACAGACCACCACAGCCCCUGAAAGGACGUAAAGUCUGCUGCUCCUUCAAAUAAACUGCAGUCCAGCCCAGUGCCUUAACGUUGUCAUGCAUUCAAAAUUCAAAAAAGCGAACUCAAACCGUUUUCAAUGUCAUUUUCUUUAGUUUUAGCAUUUUAUUUAAAAUUGCAUUAUUUUUAUUAUGUUUUCCUUUUAUUUAGUUUUGUUUUCUUUGUGUUUUGUUUAGUUUUGUUGAGUUUUCAUUUAUUUAGUCAUUUUCAUUUAGUUUUUUCAUUUAUUUUGCUUGUUUUAUCCUUUUGUUUUUUGUUUUUCUUUUAACAUUGAAUUUUUGGCCCAUAUCAGUUAUUCGUGCCUAUGUGUGAAAACCAUUAGCUUUAGCUUUAACUUUAGCUGAUAGCUAUAUUCAUCAAUCCAUCAGCUUUUGAAGUGCGUCAUCAUAGCUAGCUUUGUGUUCACCCUGGAUAAAUCAUGAUGCUUCACGUUUUUUCUCUUGUGAUCUAGGUUUGAUUACUGUGCACAAAAAUAUAUAUAUAUAUAACAGAGCACUUAAUAUUAAAUCCCAAAGCCAAACCACUCCAUUAUAGUAUAUGAAUUAUUAUUAUCAUCUUGUGUGCUUUUUACUGAAACAUUGUUAAACCACACUUUAGCUAUGCAGACCUACAGCACUCUACAAAUACGCCAUAUACUUAUAUAUAUGGAUGAUGUGAUGUCAUUGGCUGUUUUACAUCAUACCCUGAUGAAAUGAAAUCAUGAUGAUUAUUAUUAUGAUUUUUUAUUGCGUGUGAAUUAAGUGCCAGUAUAGGAGUUGCCUACUUAAAUGAACAGCAAUAGCAAACCAGGGAAAUUUUGAAGGGAUGUGUUGAAGUGUUUGGAGAAAAAUGCUUGACUUUGUAUUUUGAGAUUAUUAGAGAAUAAUGUUACACUUGCUACACUAUGUAUUACGAGACUUGGUUGUCAAAAGGAUGAAUAUGAAUAAAAGCAAUAUACACAUAUAUAUAUAUAUAUAUAUAUAUAUAUAUAUAUAUAUAUAUAUAUAUAUAUAUAUAUGUGUGAAGAUUUUAAGAUCAGAUGUAGAAUAAUUUAUGUCGUUUAUCUGAAUAUUGGAUUUUAUGAGCAACAAAUGAAUAUAUUUUAAAAGAUUACAAAAUAAAAGUGAUUUUGUUUGUCUGAAAA